AGUAAAGUGGGAGGGUCGCAUUACUCGAGCUGAUGCUCUGAAGAAACUUCUGUGUCCCGUAAGUGUAACUGUCUCACUCUCCAACACAAAGACAACAGACCCAAGACCACAAUCCAUCAGCUAGCAAAGACCUGAAACACCGUCAACAUGUCCAGCAAGCGAGCGAAGGGGAAAACCACUAAGAAGAGGCCGCAGAGAGCCACUUCAAAUGUGUUUGCCAUGUUUGACCAGUCACAGAUCCAAGAGUUCAAGGAGGCCUUCAACAUGAUCGACCAGAACCGAGACGGAUUCAUCGAUAAAGAGGAUCUGCAUGACAUGCUGGCCUCUUUGGGUAAGAACCCGUCUGAUGAUUACCUGGAGGGAAUGAUGAGUGAAGCACCCGGUCCCAUCAACUUCACCAUGUUCCUCACCAUGUUUGGAGAACGGCUCAAUGGAACCGACCCGGAGGACGUGAUAAGGAACGCUUUCGCCUGCUUUGAUGAGGAAGGAUCUGGUUUCAUUCACGAAGAUCACCUGCGAGAGCUGCUGACCACCAUGGGAGAUCGUUUCACAGAUGAAGAUGUGGACGAGCUUUUCAGAGAGGCUCCCAUCGACAAAAAGGGAAACUUUAACUAUGGCGAGUUCACCCGGAUUCUCAAACACGGGGCCAAGGACAAAGACGACAUGUAGCCGAUCAGAGCACAUUACACACACGAUGAACAUCCACUAGGGAAAACAGCAUUUCAUGUGGUGAUCUAAAAAAACAAGUAAUAAUAUCUCUAAAUGCAAGAUUAGAUUACAUUGCAAACCAUCUACAAUGUUUAUUUUGCGUUUUUAAGUGGGACUCAUGUGUUUGAAGCAGCUGUGGCUCAAACUAUUGCAUUGGGGAUGCCAUAAACCUGUUUAGAUGUAGUGCAAAGUUAUUUUUCUGUGUGCAUUUAUAAGGAUUCUCAGUAUCUCCUCGUUGAAUGCUAUUAACCGGUAUCAGAGACAUAAGGCAAGACACUAACGUUACUGGGUGCGUCUCAAUCAGGGAGUCGGCCAUUUUAAUGGCUGACUCAAUCCAGUUCACUGAAACAUUCAAUCCCUAAAAGUCCCACAAUGCAGUGAAAUCCAGGAUGUGUCAAUGCUUAACAGACGGAUUGAGACGCAGCCAUUGUCUUUUUAGCCACUGGUCCAUAACAUAUCCUUUAACAUCCAAAAAUACAUAUUUAAUAUAUACAGUUACCAUUUAUUUUAUUUUCUGUCUGUCGAAACUGUUUUCUUAAUUAUGAAGUAAAAAGAGAAACCCUAAAUCUCCUCCGACUCUGUGGCAACAAAAUGAAAAUGUAAUUUUGAUCUUGGCUUUAUCCGACGUUCAGAUUUAUGUUCUGGCAAUAUAGGCAAACACACUAAACUUUGGAGGUUGGAUAGAUGCAGAUUAUUUAUAAUUAUUCAAGAUAAUUUUCCGAAAACUGAAGGUGAUAACUGUAGCUCAAAUGCCAAGAUCAUGGGUUCGAUUCCCAGGGAAAGCAAGUCACUUUGGAUAAAAGCGUCUGCCGAAUGGAUAAAUGUAAAUGCAUGGUACAGAACAUGUCCUCCACCCUUUCUGAAACAUGAGACUAUAGUUGUAUAAAAACGACAUUUAAAAUGAGUCUAUAUUUUGAAAAGAUGACCAUAUUUGGACAAUAAAUAGCCCUUACACGGAGGUCUCAUGGACAUCAACAUAAGACGUCGCCUGGCGUUACAACAAAACAAACCCAUCAGUGGACCGAAACUGGACGUCCAAAAAUGACAUAGAAAACACGUCACAUUGUGCAGUGGGAAUAAGCGCACAUUUAUAUAAAUCAUGCAUAUUUAAACACAGCAAAGUGAUGACGUCACUUUGUAGGACAACUCGGAAGCUUGCGGCGCAUGGGUUCCCUCGAUCGAAAAGCUAUGCAAAAUAAAAAAAUAGCAAAAAAUAAGAUCUGUGUUCAGUUGUGACCCUUACACACAAAGAUUAUCAAGAUAAUCUUUACGAAUUUAUCCAAAACAGGCAAUAUAGUUUAUAAUUUAAAGUUUUUAAAAAACACAAGCAGACACAAUAAAGUCACAAGCUGAUUAUAACUGUGUUCUAUGUGAUCGAUCAAAACGUGAAAAAUACUUAGAGGCUUUGUUCACCACAGACCUUAUUUCAAGCGAUUCAGCAAAAACCCAUUGAAAUAUCCCUUAGACUUUAGAGCGAGGGAACCGAGAGUGCUAAUGCUAACUCGCGUCGGCGUUUUGGCCUACAGAGUGACGUCGUAACUUCGAUACUUUACUGAACUGGAGGAAGCAUAUCGAUAUAUUCGUUAACAUUUUUACCCUAAAUUCACAUAGUGUCUUGCCUUAAACACUUUGGGACGUGUUGUAUUUUUCAGUGGUACUGCAACUUAUAUUCCCCCAUCAAACCGGUGAAUAUCUGGCUUAUAAUAUUACACGUGGCAGCUCUCAGAUAAGAAGUCAUCCGUCAUAUGAAAGUUACGUUUUUUAUACUGAAAUAAAGAUGGUGUCACACCACAGAGAAAUAAAUCAUUUGUGCAUUUCUGGGUCAUUUCUGAAUAUUUGCUAUUGCAUGAAAACAAAAGGAAUUUAAUUUCUCCACGACUACAAACAUAUUAAAAAUGAGGCUUUUAUUUCUCUGUAAUAUUUGUACAAAAGGACAUCAAAUAAAAUCUCUGUGUCAAAUGUUUAAGGCAGAUAUUGCACAGACUAGUCCAAAGGUUUUCUAAGGAAGCAGGUAAGGCACAAAUGCCAUCUUAAAAAUAAAAAAUAAAAUAAAUGUAUUUGGUCGUACAGGAGAGAGAUGCACACAUUUGAUGCACAUUAAAAGCAAUAUGCCAGCCAAAAACCUGAAUGACAUUUACAUGUUUCACAUUCUCAUCUAGAAGACCAGUUUUGCGGUAACAAUAAUACAGGAAUAUUAAUAUUGGUCUUUCA